CGGUACAACUCCUACCUCUAGAUUCUGGGCUUUUUGUUUCCUCUGCUUCCUUGCGCCACUUAUCGUGCCCUGUCCCUGUUGUUGUUCGUCUCUGAGAAGAGAAGGAUGAAGCCAUCACCGACUUACUUCUUCACGGACUUGGAUGAUCACGGCUCCACGGUGGCGAUGGACGUCGACGACGCCGACCCGCUCGAUAUGUUGGCCGAGGGUAUUGUCAACGUCGACAACAAAAUCGCGGAUGCCGAUUUCUUCAACUCUUUCGAGGAUGAUUUCGACGACACCGACAUCAACUGAGUAGAAGACACCUCUCUUAUCCUAAAUAAUCUGUUGCCGUUAGGGUUUUUUAUAUAGUGUCACCGUUAUCAGGUUGGAGACAACGCUUAUCUUUGCCCUAAAAAAGCUUGUACACGUCCAUUGAACAGGCGAAGCAAUUCCUAAGCUGCUAAAUUUGAUGUUCCUUCUCUGGGUUUUGAAUGUUUUGUGUUGGAAGGUUGUUUAUUUUCCUUGUGAUUUUUGGAUUUCUGAGACAACCGAUGCCAAGAUUUUUUUAAACAAUUUUAUGGUGUCGUAUUAAGUUGAUAAUUCGUAAAAGGUCCGUUUUUCGUUUUUAAUCCUCCUUUGUGCCUUCUACUUGUUUGUUUUAUUGUCUCAGUGAAUACAAGGGUUAAUUUGAUUUCA